CCUAUUCCGUCCGUCGAAACUCGGGUCUGUUUUCAUUUUUUUUGGUUCCUUCUGUGUUCUUUACUUUUUCGGCCAUUGCUUUUUCCCAUCUCUCAGUUCACUUCGAUUUUUUUUUUCCAACUCCUUCAACUUCCACGAUUGUCAAUUCCCACCCCCUUAUACGUUCAACUUCUCACUCAAUUCCCACUAGUUUACUCUCAUUUUCUACACAAUUCUAUGUAAUUUAAGUACUUCACUCAAAAUAUCCCCCAAAUUCAGCUCGUUAGUCUUCUUUUUUCUCAUUUUGAAUCUGGGUUUUGUAAAUUUUGCAAAACCCAUAAGAGUUCCCUUCUUUUAUAGAUAGUAAUUCAUCUCUGAAAUGGCUCAAUACUGUCUGUAUACUUGCCAAGCCUUCUUUAUCAGCUUGCUUGCCUUUCUCACCUUUAGCAUUUGUGUGGAAUUUGAUUAUGGGGAUGAAUUUUCCAUCAUCAGCUAUGAUGGAGAUUAUUCGCCCCCUUCACCUCCCCCACCCACUCCCUUUCCUCAUCCUCCAUCAUUUUCAUGUGAGGGUGAUCUGAAAGGAAUCGGGUCGCUUAACAAAAUUUGCGAGCUGAAUUCCAGCUUGAGCUUUGGUGAUGAUGUGUAUAUUGAGGGAAAUGGUAGCUUGUAUAUUCUCUCCGGUGUGAGUUUAAGUUGUCCCGUAAUGGGUUGUACCAUACAGAUAAACAUGAGCAGGGAUUUUUCUCUAGGUCAUAAUUCGCUGAUAGUUGCAGGAAGUUUGAGGAUUGAUGCUCUAAACAUUAGUUUAGUUGAUGGGUCUGUGGUAAAUGUGACGGCGUUGGCUGGAAAUCCGCCGGCACAGACCAGUGGAACGCCGUCGGGUUAUCAGGGAGCUGGCGGUGGCCAUGGUGGCAGAGGAGCGAGCUGUGUGACGGAUAAUACGAAGCUGCCAGAUGAUGUUUGGGGCGGGGACACGUACUCGUGGUCUUCUUUACAUGAACCAUGGAGUUUUGGUAGUAAAGGUGGAACGACUGUUAAAGAAGAAAGUUAUGGUGGGGAAGGAGGUGGGAGGAUUUGGCUAGAAACAAAGAAUUCAAUCGAAGUUAGUGGUAAUCUUUAUGCAGAUGGAGGUGAUGGUGGCAUCAAGGGCGGAGGAGGUUCUGGUGGCAGCAUCUAUAUCAAAGCCCAGAGAAUGACUGGAAGUGGCAGGUUAAGUACAGUUGGUGGUAAUGGAUUUGCUGGAGGUGGAGGUGGAAGAAUUUCCAUCAAUGUUUUUAGUCGGCAUGACAAUACAGAAUUCUUUGCUCACGGGGGGAAGAGUUAUGGCUGUUCUGAAAAUGCGGGUGCAGCAGGAACGUAUUACGAUGCUGUGCCUCGAAGCCUUAUUGUUAGCAAUGAUAACUUAUCUACUCAGACGGAUACACUUCUUUUAACAUUUCCCAAGCAGCCUCUUUGGACAAAUGUGUACAUUCAAAACCAUGCUAAGGCUUUGGUUCCUUUGUUUUGGAGCCGUGUACAGGUUCAAGGACAAAUUCAUCUAUCAGUUGGUGCAGUCCUGUCCUUUGGGCUUGCUCAUUACGCUUCAUCAGAAUUUGAGUUAAUUGCAGAAGAGCUUCUUAUGAGCAAUUCUGUUAUUAAGAUAUAUGGGGCCCUUCGCAUGUUUGUGAAAAUGCAUUUAAUGUGGAAUUCCAAAAUACUUAUAGACGGUGGAGACAAUGAAAUUGUGGCUACAUCUCUGCUUGAGGCCAGUAAUUUAUUGGUUCUCAAGGAGUCAUCUUCUAUACAUUCAAAUGCAAAUUUAGGUGUUCAUGGACAAGGAUACUUGAAUCUUACUGGACCAGGAAAUCUUAUUGAAGCACAACGUCUUAUACUAUCAUUGUUUUUCAGUAUCUAUGUUGGGCCUAAGUCAUUCCUCCGAGGACCUUUGGACGAUUCAAAAUCCAAUAAUACGAGACCACGGCUCUACUGUGAACUUUCUGAUUGUCCAGCGGAACUACUUCACCCCCCUGAAGAUUGUAAUGUGAACUCCUCAUUGCCCUUCACUCUUCAGAUUUGUCGAGUUGAAGAUCUAACAGUUGAAGGCACCAUAACUGGAUCUGUUAUUCACUUUCACUGGGUCAGGGAUAUAUUUGUUUACCUAUCUGGUGCAAUUAGUGCUUCUGGUCUUGGCUGCACCGGUGGAGUGGGUAGAGGACGAAUUUUUGCAAAUGGUCUUGGUGCAGGUGGUGGACAUGGUGGGAAAGGUGGUGAUGGAUACUAUAAUGGCACCUUCAUUGAUGGCGGUGUUGCGUAUGGAGAUCCCGAUCUCCCUUGUGAACUUGGCAGUGGUAGUGGAAAUGGUAGUCUUGCUGGUGAAACAGCAGGUGGUGGGAUUAUUGUGAUGGGGUCACUAGAGCACUCAGUAGUAAGUUUGUCUCUCAAUGGGUCCCUUAGAGCUGAUGGAGAAACCUUUGGGCGAGUUGUUGGGGGGAAAGGUGGUGGGGAAUUGUUGAAUGUCGGUCCUGGAGGUGGAUCAGGUGGAACAAUUCUUUUAUUUGUGCAAACAGUAUCACUCAGUGAGUCUUCUGUCAUUUCAGCUGUUGGAGGACAGGGCAGUUCAAAUGGUGGGGGGGGUGGGGGUGGAAGGGUUCAUUUUCAUUGGUCUGAUAUACCAGUUGGGGAUGCAUAUCAACCUAUAGCAAGUGUUAAAGGAAACAUUUAUACUGGGGGAGGCUUAGGAAGCUCUCAUGGUUCUGAUGGUGAAAAUGGAACCAUCACUGGAAAGGCUUGCCCCCGAGGACUAUAUGGUAUAUUUUGUGAGGAGUGCCCUCUUGGAACAUUUAAGAAUGCUACUGGAUCUGACAGAGGGCUGUGUACCAAGUGCCCAUCCUAUGAGCUUCCUAAUCGUGGCAUAUAUGUUAGUAUUCGAGGUGGUGUUGCUAAAAGACCUUGCCCCUACAGGUGCAUUUCGGACAGAUAUCACAUGCCACAAUGUUAUACAGCUCUCGAGGAAUUGGUAUAUGCUUUUGGAGGUCCUUGGUUAUUUGGUCUUAUUCUUGUUGGCCUCCUCAUCCUUUUAGCUCUAGUGUUGAGUGUUGCACGUAUGAAAUAUGUUGGUGGCGAUGAAUUACCAGCCACGGUACCUGUUCGACAGAGCUCUAGAAUAGAUUACUCCUUUCCUUUCCUGGAGUCACUGAAUGAGGUUUUGGAAACAAACCGAACAGAGGAAUCCAAAAGUCACGUGCAUAGAAUGUAUUUCAUGGGCCCAAAUAGUUUCAGUGAACCUUGGCACCUAUCUCAUUCUCCUCCUGAACAAGUAGCAGAAAUUGUAUACGAAGAUGCAUUUAAUAGAUUUGUGGAUGAAAUAAAUGAUUUGGCUGCUUAUCAAUGGUGGGAAGGUUCAGUCUACAGUGUUCUUUCUGUCCUUUCCUAUCCACUUGCCUGGUCAUGGCUACAACACUGCCGGAAAAAGAAAAUGCAAUGUCUUCGUGAGUUUGUUCGCUCUGAAUAUGAUCACUCUUGCCUACGUUCAUGCAGAUCACGUGCUCUUUAUGAAGGGCUUAAGGUUGCUGCUACUCCUGAUUUAAUGCUUGCAUAUGUGGAUUUCUUCCUUGGGGGAGAUGAAAAGAGAGUUGAUCUUCCCCCUCGUCUUCUACAAAGAUUACCAGUCUCUGUAAUUUUUGGGGGAGAUGGAAGUUACAUGGCUCCUUUCACCCUACAUAGCGAUAACAUUCUAACCACAUUAAUGGGUCAGUCUAUUCCGCCCACAAUUUGGUACCGGCUCGUGGCUGGACUCAAUGCUCAAUUACGGUUAGUUCGUUAUGGACACCUGAAGAAGACUUUUGAACAUGUAAUUAGUUGGCUGGAGACACAUGCUAAUCCAACUCUAAGUGCCUUUUGUAUGAGGGUUGACCUUGCCUGGUUUCAGCCCACAGCUUCCGGAUAUUGCCAAUUUGGGUUAUUGUUAUCUGCUUUGGAGAAUGAUAACGUGCAGCCAUAUGCUGAAGGCCAACACAAAUUACCAAUAAUGCCUGAGAGGCGGUCAUGUUUACCAAGAUUUGCGGAUAGGAAGCCAUUGGACCAGUUACAAAUCACUGAGCAGAAGAUGGUUCAGAAGCGAAUAUUUGGUGGAAUUAUACAAGCUAAGAGCCUAGAAGCUCUUAAAGAGAAGAAAGAUAUAUCUUAUCCCCUCUCUUUCAUGAUAUACAAUACUAAACCUGUUGGCCAUCAGGAUCUUGUUGGUUUGGUAGUCUCCAUGAUACUUCUAGGAGAUUUUAGCUUGGUUUUGCUCACUUUGUUACAGAUGUAUUCUAUUUCGCUGCUCGAUUUUUUUCUGGUUUUGUUCGUUCUUCCUCUUGGUCUGCUAUCUCCUUUUCCUGCUGGGAUUAAUGCAUUAUUUAGUCAUGGACCUAGACGCUCAGCAGGCCUGUCACAUGUUUAUGGUCUGUGGAACAUCACAUCCAUGAUUAAUGUGGUAGUUGCUUUCAUAUGUGGGUUAAUUAAUUAUUUAUACCAUUCAAGUAAAAAGAAUCCCAGCUUUCAGACCUGGAAUUUUAGCAUGGAUGAUAGUGAAUGGUGGAUGCUUCCUGCUGGGUUAGCACUCUGCAAAAUUAUCCAAGCGCGACUAAUUGAUUGGCACGUUGCAAAUCAGGAAAUUCAGGACCACUCAUUGUAUAGCAAUGACCCAGAGGUUUUCUGGCAGACAUGAAGAGAAAUGUAUUUAUUAGGUAAAUGUGAGAAUGAAACAUCAUAUUGAUUUUUUCAUAAUUUAAUUUGUUUGCGGUGAGAGAUAGUAUAGGAUUGAAUAGGUUAAGAACUUGUGGUCCUAGUCAAAGUUUUCAUAGCUUUACGUUACCCCUUCAUAUACAAAGUUGUUAGCAAGUGUCUACCCAAUAUUUUUGUCCUCUUCCCAUGUGUAUUUUUGUACAUAUUAUAGUGCGGCCCACUUCAAGGGUUGACAGAUGUCUCAAAUGUAUUGCCAUAAACCUUAAUGAUUUCAUAUACCAAUGUUGUAUGUAUAUCACAUUUGCUUCAGUUUUCAAUGCUAGAUCUUUAUAUCA